AUGCUAGAGCAAAUCCACGAGCUAGCCGUCCAGAUUCACGACGUUCUACCGCCUGCCGCUUCAAUGUCUACAUUUCCAUCAGACGGUGACACUGUCGAGAGUCUCAAUCUGCAGUGCCCCCAACGCGAUGAAUUAAGCAAAGAUUUGCUCCAACUCGAUCUUUCAGCUGAAGGUCAGCGUAGAUUAUUCGACAUCUUCGAGCACCACAUCUCCGGUCUACGAUUAGCCUUUGAAGAAGGCUACAGAGAGGCGGUACUCACGCUGCGAAGCCGAGGCAACGAUGAUGGUGCAUUCUGUCUUAAGUUCAGGCAAAGCCUCGCCCGGAAGUUCGGUGGCCAAGCACGGGACCUUUGGUCCGCAAUGGUACGAGAGGCUCUCAGGUGCUGCGCCAGCAAUGAAGAUGCUCGGCACCAAAGCGAUAAUGUAUUGACAUCUCAAGCUGUGACAAGCAGUAAAGUUUACACUCACAAGACCAGCCGCGGGCACGACUCUGACGCAGUCCGCGUCCUCGAACAAGCCUUCCAACACACACCGAACAUCACGCAAGCCGAAAAGUAUCGACUGGCUGAAGUCACCGGACUCAAGCCAAAGCAGGUUACCAUCUGGUUUCAAAAUCGCCGCAAUCGCAAGGGCCGAAAAGGAUCCAAGACCGAGCCAACCACGCCCCCUCAACAUUUCGACCUGCAUCCCGAACAGCCUCACACACCUUCUUCCCCAACCACGCGUGACUUCACCCUCUCAGAGAAGAAGCGCAAGACAUACGGCGCACUCGGUCGCGGCUCACCUUCCCUUUCCGUCUCUGACUCGGACGACUUCUCCCUCAACCUCAAGAAGCCUCGUCUUCCACGUGCCUGCUCCACCACAAGCGAAGCGUCAGCUUCCUCCCUCGAGCUCGAAAAGUCUUUCACCUCGUGGGGCAGCCCUUCCUUGCGAUCGACUAGCUCAUCCUCUACCUCAAGCAGUCAAAGCGACUGCUUCGACAGUCCUGGUAGGGCCCAUAAUGUCUUCCGCCUCAUCAAUCCGCUCAAGUACGAAGGUCAUGCAAAGCAAGACAUGCCCGCUGUCACUAUGGCGACUCCUCCACACCCCACCUAUGCUGGCGUAGGGCAGGAACAGAGGUCGCCCUUUACCAGCGACAAUGUCAAUUUGAGUAAUGUUUCUCAACAGCAGCAGCUUGGCUUCCACACUGACUCAGGCGAGAUCAAGCUCAACUUUGGUGACCUGCAGUUCAAUCAAGAGGCUUUGCAUAAGGGGUUGAGGGAGAGUAUCCAAAAAGCGCUCGAUAUCUCUGCUAUGCGACAGGCUAGUGAGAGAAGCGCUGCGGGAAGCUCUUGGGCCAUGAUGGAGAGUACGGCGACGGGCGACGAUGGAUGGGUGGAUGAGGACGAGGCUCCCGUCCCACCUUUUUGCAACACUCCUGUGGACCAGACUGCGAUCGAACAGCGCCAGCCGCUAUCGUUCGGCAUGUCUUUCCAGCAAAACCAGCCUUCGAAUCAGCUCGCGAGUAGCUGCAGCAACACGACCACAGACAGCAGCUUCUCCCUCGCUGACGAGAACGACUCCUUCGAUCUAAACCAAUUCUUCGAGUCUGCCGCAUCUGCUCCAGCCACCUUCCUGCCUUCUUCAAGCCCGUUCGUCCCUCACCAGCAGUAUUCCCCUCAAGCGCCCCUCGUCCAGACCGCUCCCACUAUCGCUGGUGGCAUGGACGCAGCCAACUCAUGCCUUGACUUCGAAGUAGAGAUGUCUGACAUCCAGGACUAUCUAAAUAGCUCGUUCCUCGCUCCUGCUCCCACACAGGCUUCGAUAGCGGGUGUGGAUGGAGAAGGUGCGAUUGCGGGUGGAAGUCAAACACAGGUGCAAGGAGGCGAAGCGCCCGCACAGUUCUAUUUGAACUUUGAUCUUGGUUCGGAGAUGUUUUUCCUCGAAUAA